UCAGAGGAAAGCGGGACUGUCGCAGUAGUUUCAAGCACGUGGUCAACAUGGAUAGUGAGAGCACUGCCAGCACUUCGCAACAAACCUCAGGAGGAGCAAGGAAUUCGGACCUUAUUGUAUUCCAGUGUUCAGGGUGCAAUGCAAUCAUUGGAGACUCGUCCUCUUACAUUGGAACGCACCGUGAUAUUGGGAUCAUGGUUCUGGCAGCUGCCAACAAUGUCUACCAGGGGAACAAUCUGGUGUCUUCUACAGAUGGUGAAGAUGUAGGAAGCACCUAUGUGAGGGCCAGGUGUCUGAAGUGCAAGAGGAUCCUUGGUCAAGUGUACAAGACAACACCCAAGGAGCUGGACUUUCUCAGGGAGACAUUUAGUUUUGAUGUCUUCAAAGUCACAAAGUAA